AUGGCGCAGCCCACAAAUGGCAACCCCGAAAAGAGCCAACAGGCAGAGGAACCUGUCAAGUCCUCGCGCAUCCCAUACUGGCGCAAGGUGUAUGACCAGGCCGGUGUCACGCCCGAAGUCGCCAACUAUCCGUAUCCAGGCUCCGGAACCGAGGAGGACCCUUAUAUCAUCUCAUGGAUCCCCAACGACCCUCGCAACCCGAUGCUGUUCAGCCCCUUCACCAAGUGGUUCAUUACCGGAGUGAUGGCCUGGGCUACCCUGGCCGUCUCGCUGGUGUCGUCUGCCUACAGCGGCGGCAUGGUCCAGAUCAUGCUCCAGUUCGGUAUUGUCGAGGAAGUCGCCACACUGGGAAUCUCGCUCUUUGUGAUGGGCUUUGCCGUUGGACCACUGAUGUGGGCGCCGCUCAGUGAACUAUUUGGUCGACAGAUACUUUUCAUCGCCACAUACGCCCUUUUGACGGCUUUCAACGCUGGUUGUGCCGGUGCCCAGAACUCGUGGACUCUGAUUAUCCUCCGUUUUUUCGCCGGCGCUUUUGGGUCGUCUCCGCUCACCAAUGCGGGUGGUGUGAUUGCUGACAUGUUUGUUGCGUCUCAGCGAGGUGUCGCCAUGAGUUUCUUUGCUGCUGCGCCUUUCCUCGGCCCUGUCCUCGGCCCCAUUGUUGGUGGUUUCCUCGGCGAGGCUGCCGGAUGGCGCUGGGUCAUGGGCUUGUUGGCUGCUUUCUCCGGCGCCCUGUGGAUUAUCGGUGCUCUUUUAAUCCCGGAAACCUAUGCGCCAGUGCUGCUGCGUCGGCGCUCGGAAAAGCUGUCCAAGAUGACCGGCAAGGUUUAUAUUACUCGCAUGGAGGCUGACCGCGGCCACGUGUCGCUCGCCCAGGCUUUCAAGACGUCCCUCUCCCGACCAUGGGUUUUGCUUCUGCGUGAGCCCAUUGUCUUCCUCCUCUCCAUCUACAUGGCCAUCAUCUACGGAACGCUUUACAUGCUCUUUGGCGCUUUCCCCAUCGUCUACGCUGAGAACCGCGGCUGGAGCCAGGGUAUCUCCGGUCUGGCCUUUUUGGGUAUCAUGGUUGGAAUGAUAUUUGCCGUGGCAUACAACAUCUGGGACAACAAACGGUACAUGAGGGCCGAGCAGGCAAAUGGUGGAUUUGCACCCCCCGAGGCUCGUUUACCGCCGACACUCGUCGGCAGUAUCGCGCUUCCUAUCGGCCUCUUUUGGUUUGCAUGGACCAACUAUCCUUCCAUCCACUGGAUGGCUAGUAUCGCCGCGGGCGUUCCCUUUGGAUUUGGCAUGGUGCUCGUCUUCCUCAGUGUGAUGAGCUAUCUUAUCGACGCCUACACCAUCUUCGCCGCCUCUGUUCUCGCCGCCAACGCCGUUUUCCGUUCCCUGUUCGGUGCUGCCUUCCCUCUCUUCACCACCUACAUGUACGGCCGCCUGGGUAUUCACUGGGCAUCGACCAUCCCAGCCUUUUUGGCACUUGCCUGCGUACCUUUUCCUUUCCUCUUUUACAAAUACGGCGCAUCCAUCCGUGAAAGAUGCAAAUACGCCGGCGAGUCUGCCGCAUUUGUCCGCAAACUGCAAGAAUCCAUCCCGUCCGCAACAGACGAGAGCGAAAAGGAGGAGGAGACCUUUGAUCGCACCGAAGCCGCGCCCCCGCACGAGAUCAGCUCGAGCUCAGACGAAGAAGAAACAGCCGAGCCUCGACUGGAGCAUGCCCAGCGCACGCAAUCGCUCGCGUCGACGCGCACCGGUGGCAGUAUCCAGCGCGUGCACACCGAGUAUGACGGCAAUCCUUAUGAUAUUGACCGUGUGAAUACGAAGGAUUCGGAUUUUAGUAUUGUUGCGCGGAAAAAAUAA